AUGUAUGCAAGGGGUUUUAAGCCUGACAAAGUUACAUAUGCAACGCUCAGAGUUGGUUUCUGCAAGGAGGGUGAUUUAGAAUCAGCCUUUGGUGUUAGGAAAGAAAUGAUUGAAAGAGGGAUCAAGCUUGACAAUGUAGCCUUCACAGCUCUUAUAUCAGGACUUUGUCGAGACGGGAAUGUAACAGAGGCUGAAAGAACAUUGAGGGAGAUGCUCAAAGAAGGAUUGAAACGGGAUGAUGCUACAUAUACUAUGGUCAUUGAUGGAUUUUGCAAACUGGGGAAUGUUAAGAUGGGUUUUAAGUUGCUGAAGGAGAUGCAGUGUGAUGGGCAUGUACCAAGUGUGGUAACCUAUAAUGUGCUAAUGAAUGGGCUCUGCAAACAGGGGCAGCUUAAAAAUGCUAAUAUGCUCUUGGAUGCUAUGCUUAAUCUAGGGGUGGUUCCAGGAACAGAAAGAGAGGAUGUUAAUCCGAGUAUCUGUUUUGAAUUUUUAGAGACCGAAGGGAAGAGUUCAACGACGGAGCGGCUUUCUUUCGGUGUUCGGCUUGGUCAGCGCAACGAAAGAGGAGUAAAAUGGGAUAAGUUUGAGGAGAAAGACAACGAGAAGUUUGAUAGUUUCUUGAAUCCAGUACGAAAGAAAGGCGCUAAGAUGAGGACGAAGAGCAUGAGUUUGACAGUCGUGGUGACAGAAGUGGUGGUGAUGAUGGUGGCGGUGAAGGUGAAGGUGGUUUUGAGAGUGGGUGUUGGCGGUUUUGAGAGUCGUGGUGGUGGUGGUUUUGAGAGCCAUGGUGACGGCUGGUUGUGA